AUGGCUGUCAGAGAAGCUUCCCAUGCAGGUUCAUGGUAUUCAGGCCACCGUCGACAGUUAGCAGCUCAACUGGAUCAAUGGCUGUCAAAAGUUCCCGAGAAAGAUAUUCUUCCUGGCGUUGAGACUCUACCACUUCCUGGAGCGAGAGUUGUCAUAUCUCCUCAUGCUGGAUAUGCAUAUUCAGGUCCCUGCGCAGCCUGGGCAUAUAAAUGCUUGGAUCUCUCCAAAGCUAAGCGCAUCUUCAUCCUCCAUCCCUCUCAUCACCAUCAUCUAAGUACAGCUGCUUUGCCGGAAGUGGAAGCAUACGAAACACCUCUCUCCCCAAUACCUCUCCCUCUCGACCAUGAAAUUAUCAAAGAAUUAUCCACAUUGUCCACCACAGCCCAUGGCCGAACGAUCAAGUUCACCAAGAUGUCUCGACCGAUAGACGAAGCGGAACAUAGUGCCGAAAUGCAGUUACCUUACAUUCACCGUCUCCUGCAGAAACUAUAUCCCGAUCAACCUGAAUCAUCAUAUCCUCCACUCGUCCCCAUCAUGGUUGGUGGAACCAAUGCGGCGACUGAAGCGGCCCUGGGAAAGAUGCUAGCUCCAUAUAUUGCCGAUGAAAGCAACGCAUUCAUCAUUUCCUCUGACUUUUGCCACUGGGGAAGCAGAUUCGGCUAUACAUGUUACCUGUCAGAUGCACCGAGCCCAGCCUUAUCGCCACUGAUGCUCCCCAACGGUGUGAGAGGGGAAUUCACAACUGCAAAAGAAUCGGUCAAUGACGACGUGCAUAAGAUGCCAACACUAGGACAAGGCCAGCAUUUAAGGUCAGGCAGCCAGAUUCCCAAGAGUGGCCCGCAAAUAUUCGAAAGCAUAGCCCAUGCCGAUAGAGCCUGUAUGUGUGCCAUUGCAACAGGACAACACUCAGAAUUCCUGCGGGUUAUUCGCGAAACAGGAAACACCGUUUGUGGGAGACAUCCCAUAGGAGUUUUCAUGGCCGGGGUGGAGGAAGUCGAGCGCCUGGAGAAAGAGAAAGCUAUUGAUGGUAAUGAUUCCAACCGAAGACGGUUCCGGUUUAUGAGGUAUGAAAGAAGCAGUGAUGCUGAGACCGUCAAAGACAGUAGUGUCAGUUAUGUUAGUGCAUUCGCGGUUCUUUGA